AUGUUAAGAUGUCCAAAGUAUUGGGCGACAGAACCAGCCAAGAAGAAGAGCAAAGACGCUGCUAAAAGCCGCAAGUCUGACCCUCUGGGUAAAGGGGUAUACAAGCACAAUGCAGGACCGGUUGGUUUUGCAAGAAUUGAAUACAACAUGACGGUUGAGAUUGGUGAACUUCCAUCCUACACAGACCUUGUCAGGAGGACACACGCGAAAAAGGAUGGGACUUUUGGGGACUAUCGUGCGGAAGAACUGGUAACUCAAGCUGAGAUGGAAGCUACUCAGGUCUCUAACACUAACAGUGAUGGAUCACCUCAAAGUCCAUCAGCAACCUCAGCUCCUUCUCGCAUUUUGUUAAACCAAGCUUAUCUGAAGAAUGCUAAAGGUAAGAGGGGGCAUGUCUACGGACUCGGCAGUGCCGAGUAUAGGGAACAUGCGCCAUCUGCAAGAGUCCCUGCUUCUCUGGCCCGCAACUUGGAGCUGGAGUUGCGUGUGAGUGGACUAGAGACAAGCUUGCAAAGUGUGACUGCUGAUGUAAGUGCAGUGAAGGCUGAUGUACGUGUUGUGAAGGAGGAUGUGGCAACAAUGAAUGAGGAAUUUGCAGCAACAAGGGCUGCAAUCACUGAGCUCAUCCAAUCACUUCGACCCCAAGCUAACCCUCAGCAACAUCCCCCUUCUACUCAGGCUCAAGACCCUUCGACUCAGGCUUAG